AGCCUGAAGAAGGUGAGAAAUGAGGGCACCAAUCCCUUCCUUGAGCAAUAAAUUUCUUGGAUUCUCUGACUUCUCUUUAUACUGUGAGCCCGAAUCAGGGCCCUGCCAGCAAAAACCUUCUGGUCUUCAAAACAUUUUUUACUUCUGUAAGUACUUAUGGGCUAAGGGACGGUGGAAAGAUGGAGGAAGGGGCUCUGCUCGCCUCCUGAACAGAUCAAUUUUCAAUGAUCUCACAUUAAACUGAAGCCCUUUUCCUCUGACAAACGUUUCCGCAGUCCAAAGUCAUCUCCGGGAACUACCCUUGGUUUUCCCAAGACUCUCUUCUUGACUGUGCACUUGCACAGAUUUACUGACUCAAAGCGUAUUUCCCCUUUCACCAGAAUCUCUCAGGAGGAAGUUCACCCUAACUCGACUCCCACCCCUCCAAGGUGGGCAAGGGGCAAAGGAACCCAGGCCCCACGCCGCGCCCCGCUCUCCACCCCCCGCUCCAGUUGGCCCGUCCCUCCCCGCCUCUCCCAGGGGCAGCAUCUCUGUCGCACAGGUUAAAGCACCGCAAGUGGGAUUCCCUGCGGCCGACGGGAUAGGGAGUAGGUCCUACAUGAAAAUACUGCCAAAAACAUUCGCAGGAUUCGAGCCGAUCCGGAGGGCGGCCUGGAGCCAGAGGCGCCGGGGCGAGUGGGCGGUAACUCGCAGGCCGGACGUGACGCAAGGUGGGGGGGGUGCUGAGCUGCGCCGGCCGGAAACCCAGCAGGCGACGAAGAUGGCGGAGAACAGCGGUCGCUCCAGCAAGAGCAGCGUUAGCGGCGCGGGGAAGGGGGCGGUGUCCGCAGAACAGGUGCAUCCGAUUAUAAUUCUCUACCUCUUCUAUUCUUCCAUUGAACCCAGUAAGAGUAAAUGUCAUGUCAGAAGACGCAAGGACAUUUUGGAGAGAAAGGCUGGAAUGCAAUGGCAUGAUCUGGGCCCACUGCAACCUCCACCUCCCAGGUUCAAAUGAUUCUCCUGCCUCAGCCUCCCAGGUAACUGGGAUUACAGGCACCUGCCACCAUGCCUGGGUAAUUUUUAUAUUUUUAUUAAGGAUGGGGUUUCACCCUGUUGGCCAGGCUGGUCUUGAACUCCUGGCCUCAAGUGAUCAGCCCGCCUCGGCCUCCCAAAGUGCUGGGAUUACAGAUAUGAGCCACCACGCCUGGUCCUACACUAUGUUAUUUUAACUACCACCCAACACCUCACCAGCUUUGGUGUCCUCAUUUACAAAUUGAAGGUACAGGUCUUGUUUGUUUGUUUGUUUGUUUUAUGAAGGUAUAGGUCUUAGAGUCUUUUUUGUUUUUUUAGAAUUAAGUCAGAGAGUAUAGCACAGUGCCUGGCAUAUAGUAGGUGUUCCUUUACUGUUGAGACUGUGGAAGGCAGAUUAUAGUAGGACUAUGAAAGAAAUGGAUAUUUUAAAAUAGGUUGCCUUUGCAUAUUUAAAAUUUUAAAAGAAGAUAAAGAAUAGAAGGCAGUCUACAUGGUGGAAAAUAACAUAAUAUAAAUAGAAAAGAUUUUGUCAGUUUAACUAAUAUGCAUUUAUAUGUGAACACAUAGAAAGGGUUAACAUAUGGGAGUGGAAGAUGGCCAGAUUCUUCUGCUUCCGAGAAGAAUCUAAGCUGAAACCUGAAGAUAGAAUUAGACAGGCAGAGAAAAACUGAGCGAGAGAGGUUUGGGAAAGCAUACCAGGUAGGGUGAAGAUUCUAUGCAGAUGCCUGAAGACAGCCAUUAAAGGAAACUACCAGUGACUUAGGACAUUGAAUGCUGACUUAAGAUGUGGAGGGGGCUGGGCACGGUGGCUCACAUGUGUAAUCCCAGCACUUUGGGAGGCCGAGGCAGGGGGAUCAUGAGGUCAGGAGUUUGAGGCCAGCCUGGCCAACAUGGUGAAACCCCAUCUCUACUAAAAAUACAAAAAAUUAGCCGAGCGUAGUGGUAUGUGCCUGUAAUCCCAGUACUUGGGAGGCUGAGGCAGGAGAAUCACUUGAACCCAAGAGGCAGAGGUUGCAGUGAGCCAAGAUCAUGCCCUGGCACUCCAGCCUGGGUAACAGAGCAAGACUCCAUCUCGGGGGUGGGGGCGGGCAGAAAGAUGUGGAGGGAAUGACUGAUUGGGAGAGGUAAGCUGGAACCUGGUCUUUAUGGGACUUUUGAGGAGUUUGGAUUUUAUCCUCUAAGCAUCGGAAGGUUUUAGGCAUAGGAAUAAUUGGUUAGAUUUAUAUUUUUGGUCACUUAUGCUGCAGUGUGGGGAGUGGAUUAAAGGGGGGCACAUCAGGAGGCAGUAUAGAAAUCAGAAGGGUACGGCAGUACAAAUGCUAUUCAUUUGAUGUGGAUAGUAAAUCAACGAUGAUUCCAAGAUUUCUGGAGUUACUUUUAGAGUAACUCCAGAGUUUUGAGAGUUUCCAACUCUAAAAAUUAUUAAAUUAACAAAAAUAAGAUAAAAAGGAAAAAGAAAUAUACCUGAAUUGAACCUUAGAAAGACUGAAAGAAUAAAAAAAAAAAAGAUAAAAA